GAGAAAAAAAAAUAAAAUGGAAGACUGGAAGACGCAGGUGGCAUACUUCAAUUCUUACCAUGCGUACGGCUUCCUGUACCAGUCCGAACCGAGAGCCGAGAACCAGACCGGAUCCAGCGAAAACCGGCUCACGGACUCGAGCAGCUACACUGACGGGCCGACGCAGAUCUUGUACUCCGCUGCUACAUCUGGGAGGAUCGGGGAGUCUCAACACCACCGUGAGUCUGGGCUUGUUUAUGUUGGUGGGACCCCGACGGACCACCUGCUGCCCGGACCCUAUGAGGGUGAUGGGACCGACCUGAGGCGGGUCAGGAGCGGCGACACCGAGGCGCGCACUACACCUGAUUCCUGGGGUUCUGUGAGCAGUCGUGAGGGAAGUCUUCUCCAGACGGACCUGUCAAUCUGGCCUAAGAAAGAUGACCUGGAGGGGAUUGCCAGAAGCCCAGAGGACAACAGGGACGUUUCCAGCUCUGUUGUCGAGGACCCCCAGGCUCUCGUCAGCUCCCCUACCUCUCCAAACGUGCCCCUGUCUAUCUCUAAAACAUCCCUUCGAACAACCUUCUCUCCGAGCCAGUUGGAGGCUCUUUCUAGGAGCUUCAGUGCCCAAAAGUACCUCAACCCAGCUGAGAUGAAGGACUUGGCAAACCAGACUGGACUGACCUAUAAACAGGUGAAAACCUGGUUUCAGAACCGUAGGAUGAAGCUCAGGAAAUGUCAGAGAGAUAUCAGCUGGGCGUCGGACCAUUACGCCUUUUUCACCAAAAUGUUUGCCAUUUGUUUGUUUCAGUAUCCCGUUGACGGGCGACCCCAGCUCUGGGAGCGUUACAACCAGCACGCUGUGGAGGCGGCGUAUAAGAAGACCCCUCAUGACCUGGCCUACUACCUGGGUACCAGUUCUGCUGGUUUCCCACACUGGUCCUCUAAUUCACCCCAGACUACCAGGUGGCCCAUGACGCCAGGUGGAAACCCCUACAUCCCCAGCAUGUUCAACUCCAGUAACUUUGUGCACGGUUCAAGCUCUGAAUCAGAGGACGGGAACCCGGCGGUCGGCCAGGACUCGGUGAACGCGGCCGUGGUGCCAUACGUCAACCAGUAG